AGAUUGCCCGGCCCGAGCCCAGCCUGAGCCAGAGAAGAGUUCGGAUUAAGUGUUAAGAGAAAGGAGGUCCAGGCAAGGCAGCUGGACAGGCAGUCCUGCAGAGCGCACCAGGGUGCAUCUCUAGACAGUUGGGGAUCGCCAGGUCGGAGUGUGCACCGGGUCUGCUAAGUUUUGCCUUCACCUAGCGUCUCGGAUCCCGCCUGGAUGGAGUCCCUUCUGGGUUUCCAUUGGCUCCUGUGAGUGCUUGGGUGUCUGGAGAUUGUUUUUUGGCGAAGGGGAACAACUUUUGAAGUUCGCCCAGGAGACCGCGUUCCAACCCUAGUGCCUAGGCAGCCGGACCCGGCGGGGGCGCGACCGCGGCGGGAGUCACCAUGGGCAGCAAAGGCGCCUACCGGUACCAUUGGCAGAGCCACAAUGUCAAGCACAGUGGUGUGGACGACAUGGUACUACUCUCCAAGAUCACAGAGAGCUCCAUCGUAGAGAACCUGAAGAAGAGAUACAUGGACGACUAUAUUUUUACAUAUAUAGGGUCUGUCUUAAUCUCUGUCAACCCUUUCAAGCAAAUGCCAUAUUUUGGAGAAAAAGAGAUUGAAAUGUACCAAGGAGCGGCCCAGUAUGAGAACCCACCUCAUAUCUAUGCCCUUGCAGACAGUAUGUACAGAAACAUGAUCAUCGACAGAGAGAACCAGUGUGUCAUCAUCAGUGGUGAAAGUGGUGCUGGAAAGACCGUAGCCGCCAAGUACAUCAUGAGCUACGUCUCCAGAGUGUCCGGAGGAGGCCCCAAGGUCCAGCAUGUCAAGGACAUCAUCCUUCAGUCCAACCCACUCCUGGAGGCCUUCGGGAACGCCAAGACAGUCCGCAACAACAACUCUAGCCGAUUUGGAAAAUACUUUGAAAUCCAGUUCAGUCCAGGUGGGGAGCCAGAUGGUGGCAAGAUCUCCAACUUCCUCCUGGAAAAGUCCAGAGUGGUGAUGAGGAACCCGGGAGAACGGAGCUUCCACAUAUUCUACCAGCUCAUCGAGGGCGCCUCUCCAGAGCAGAAGCAAAGCCUUGGUAUCACCAGCAUGGACUACUAUUAUUACCUGAGCCUCUCAGGGUCAUACAAGGUUGAUGACAUUGAUGACAAGCGGGAUUUCCAGGAAACCCUGCACGCAAUGAAUGUGAUUGGGAUCUUCUCAGAGGAGCAGACUCUCGUGCUGCAGAUUGUGGCUGGAAUUCUCCACUUGGGAAACAUCAACUUCAAGGAAGUGGGCAACUAUGCGGCCGUGGAGAGCGAAGAAUUUUUGGCUUUUCCUGCGUACCUGCUGGGUAUAAACCAAGACCGGUUAAAAGAGAAGCUGACGAGCCGGCAGAUGGACAGUAAGUGGGGAGGAAAGUCAGAGUCCAUCCAUGUGACCCUCAACGUGGAGCAGGCCUGCUACACCAGGGAUGCACUCGCCAAGGCUCUGCACGCGCGAGUCUUUGAUUUCUUGGUGGAUUCCAUCAAUAAAGCUAUGGAGAAGGACCACGAGGAGUACAACAUUGGUGUCCUGGACAUCUAUGGCUUUGAAAUAUUUCAGAAAAAUGGCUUCGAACAGUUCUGCAUCAAUUUCGUUAAUGAAAAAUUACAGCAGAUUUUUAUCGAACUGACGCUAAAGGCCGAGCAGGAAGAAUACGUUCAGGAGGGGAUAAGAUGGACACCCAUUGAAUAUUUCAAUAAUAAAAUUGUGUGUGACCUCAUAGAGAGCAAAGUCAACCCUCCUGGAAUUAUGAGCAUCCUGGAUGACGUGUGUGCCACCAUGCAUGCUGUGGGUGAGGGUGCUGACCAGACACUGCUACAGAAGCUCCAGAUGCAGAUCGGGAGCCACGAGCACUUUAACAGCUGGAACCAAGGUUUCAUUAUUCACCACUAUGCUGGGAAGGUUUCCUAUGACAUGGACGGCUUCUGUGAAAGGAACCGGGAUGUGCUGUUCAUGGACCUGAUUGAGCUCAUGCAGAGCAGUGAGCUGCCUUUUAUAAAGUCUUUAUUUCCUGAAAACCUGCAAGCCGACAAGAAAGGGCGCCCAACGACUGCAGGAAGCAAAAUAAAGAAACAAGCCAACGACCUCGUGAGCACCCUGAUGAAAUGUACACCCCACUACAUUCGCUGCAUAAAACCGAACGAAACCAAGAAGCCCAAAGACUGGGAGGAGAGCAGAGUGAAGCAUCAAGUUGAGUACCUGGGUCUCAAGGAAAACAUCCGAGUGAGAAGGGCUGGUUAUGCUUAUCGGCGUGUCUUCCAGAAAUUUCUACAGAGGUAUGCCAUUCUGACCAAAGCUACCUGGCCUGUGUGGAGAGGAGAUGAGAAACAAGGUGUCCUCCAUCUGCUACAGUCUGUCAACAUGGACAGCGACCAGUUCCAGCUCGGGAGGAGUAAAGUGUUCAUCAAAGCCCCGGAGUCUCUAUUUCUUCUGGAAGAGAUGAGAGAGAGAAAGUAUGAUGGGUACGCACGCGUGAUACAGAAAACAUGGAGGAAGUUUGUGGCCCGCAAGAAGUAUGUCCAGAUGAGAGAAGACGCCUCAGACCUGUUGUUGAACAAGAAGGAGAGGAGGAGACACAGCAUCAACCGAAACUUCAUCGGGGACUACAUCGGGAUGGAGGAGCACCCGGAGCUCCAGCAGUUUGUGGGCAAGAGAGAGAAGAUUGACUUUGCUGACACAGUCACCAAGUAUGACAGGAGGUUCAAGGGUGUCAAGCGAGACCUGCUGCUAACCCCAAAGUGCUUGUACUUAAUUGGAAGGGAGAAGGUGAAGCAAGGCCCGGACAAAGGUCUUGUGAAGGAAGUCCUGAAGCGGAAGAUCGAGGUGGAAAGGAUCCUGUCCGUGUCCCUCAGUACCAUGCAGGAUGACAUCUUCAUUCUCCAUGAGCAAGAGUAUGACAGUUUGCUUGAGUCCGUCUUUAAAACAGAGUUCCUGAGCCUUUUAACAAAGCGAUAUGAGGAAAAAACCCAGAAGCAACUACCUCUGAAAUUCAGCAAUACCCUUGAACUGAAGUUGAAAAAGGAGAACUGGGGUCCCUGGAGUGCUGGGGGCUCCCGGCAAGUGCAGUUCUACCAAGGCUUCGGUGACCUGGCCAUCCUCAAGCCCAGCAACAAAGUGCUGCAGGUCAGCAUUGGACCUGGGCUGCCCAAGAACGCCCGUCCCACCAGAAGAAACACCGUCUCAAGCAGAGGGUAUUCCGGUGGAACUAACAACAAUUACCCAAUGAGAGCCGCCCCUGCUCCCCCAGGAUGCCAUCGAAAUGGCCUCACCAGAAACCAGUUUGUGCGUCCUCCCCGUGCCUCUGGAAAUCAGAGGUCCAAUCAGAAAAGCCUAUACACCUCUAUGGCCCGCCCACCCUUGCCAAGGCAACAGUCCACAGGCUCAGACCGAUUGUCUCAGACACCGGAGAGCCUGGAUUUCCUCAAGGUCCCGGACCAGGGUGCUGCUGGAGUCCGAAGACAAACGACCAGCCGGCCUCCCCCAGCAGGCGGCAGACCAAAGCCUCAGCCCAAACCUAAGCCUCAGGUGCCGCAGUGCAAGGCUCUGUAUGCCUACGAUGCUCAGGACACAGACGAACUCAGCUUCAAUGCCAAUGAUGUCAUCGAUAUUAUUAAGGAAGAUCCUUCUGGCUGGUGGACGGGUAGACUACGAGGCAAGCAGGGCCUGUUUCCUAACAACUAUGUCACCAAGAUCUGAGGCUCCCAGAAAUUGACAUGCAGGCAGAGGAGCUCCAGACGUGGACAGGGAGGGGACUUUUUGGGGACUCCCCUUCUGAUCCACAAUGAGCAACUGCUACUCCAAGGCCUGAAGCUAUUCUGGCACCUUCCCCAUGGAAGACACAGAAAAGCUUGGGUUGGGAACAAGGAGUUUCACUCCGUAAACGAUCCUAAAAGGUAGUCUAGUUCCCAGGAGCGCCAAAACAACCACCCACUAAGAUUUAUUUAUUGUAUUUAAAUCUGGUGAAAGCAGCAGGGGCUGCCGGGUGUCUAUCCCACAGCCUGCAGCGCACUCACCAAGCCCAGGGGACAGCAGGUGGUGACUAUGACAAGUGCCUUUAGUUGAAGAGCACGUUCCACUCAUUCCUCUCUUCCGUACCUGAUACAUUCCUUUCUGCUAACCCUCCUUCAGGGAGGACCCACCCUGCAGGCUGGACUUGGUGUGAACAGGCACUCACCUGUCAAUGCCAAGGGCAGGCCGUCCUUCCAAGCCCAUGGGAGCCAGGGCCACUAAGACUGCUGGUGGGGAGGAAGCUGGGUGCUGGGCUGACUGAUGGUCUUGCUUUCCCUUGGUCUUUGCUUGUAAUGUGGCUGGCCCAUGUUGGUUUUAUGUUUAAUGUUGUGCUUAUAAGAAGAAAGAUCUCCCCCCCACACCCAAGCUGUACAUUUAUAAAAAGUGACCAUAUACUGUAUAUAGAAAAGUCUAGAAGCACGUAUGAAUGCCGCAGGUAGUGUUCCACUGUACCCAUUCGUGAAGGUAGGUUUUAUUACAGGACUUGCACCAGGUACUUACAGACGCGCCCUCUCCUCUUUGCCUAGAGAGACAGUCACUGCAUUCCUGCACAGCCCCUCAGACCCCCUGACCCUCUCCCUGUAGGUAAAUCUCCUGUCACCCCUCUGCCGUCCUCCCCUACCUCCUCAAUAAAUGUAACGGAGUCAGUGCAA